AUGGCUUCCUCAUCAAACAUCCACUUCGUUUUCGUGCUAAUAACAUUUCUAGCAAUCCUCAAAACUUCGUUAUCAUGGGGAAACAUUUCAUCAGUCGAUGGGAUAAUACCGUUCUCACCUAAACAUGUUGUGAUCACUAACAAACUGGUCGCACAAUUUGGAUUGCUCGUGCACUGUACAAACAAAGGCACAGAUUUGGGGGUUAGGUCGGUCCUAAUUAACCAAAGUUUUGAUUUCAAGUUUCGUGUCAAUCUUCGCAAAACAACGAAUUAUAGUUGCAUUUUCUCGUGGCCUGGAAUUGUUAAGACGUUUGAUAUCUUUAGGGCAGAUAGGGACGAUAGUUCAAAAAGUAAGUGUGGAAUAUGCAGUGAAUGUAUUUGGCAAAUAUCUGAGUCAGGUCCAUGUCGUAUUAAACGUGAUGGAGGCCCUCCUUGCUGUUUUCCAUGGUGA